GCUAGUUUGGGUCAUUGAUAAUGCGUAUGAAGACUACGCAUUGAAAGCAAUACGAGAUGAUCGCAGCGAAGGAACGUUGAUGAAAAUGUUGCUGGCUUUUUGUAGAAGAGUUAGGUAGUUUUCAGCCUUUGUGUUUAUGUGGUUUGUAUAUGGGGGUAUUUCACUGGAAUAGAGUGUGUACAGAUGAUGGAGAAGACGGCAGUUGAUUGGAAAACAUGCAUGUGAUGAGAUCAACUUUGGUUUUGUAGCUCAAGAAAUCAAGGAUUUAAAAGAUGACAAUGUUUAGUGCAUCGCUGUUUUACAUUCUAUUAUUAGGGGCGUCGGUGACCUAUGGGUUGAGCGGUACGCUCUGUGCGUACAAGAAUGAGAGGGUCAACGAUGUAGUCAAGACGGAUGAAGAUGAGGUCAUAGGAGUCUUGCAAUCAGACAAUAAGAGCGUUAGGUGUGAUGGACGGCAAGGCUGGUGCUUCUCCUUUUGGUACAGUCUUCCAGGUCGCGAUGAGAUUAUCGUCCCAAAACAAGGUUGUUGGACAUCAGAUAUGUCUGAAGCGAGACAAUUGGCCAACAGCUGUAAUCAGAACGUCUGCAAUUCAUCUGAGCCUCCUAUCGUAAUCGUGAAGGAAGCGCACAACAUCACCAGCCAGUUCUGUUGCUGCAAAGGCGACUACUGUAAUGUCAACGUCAGUAAUAGUUAUGUGCCUCAACCAUCGACGGAACCUGUAACGUCCAAGCCGUUGGAAGUCUUUACCUUACCACCAAAGAAUGAUGAAAGUUGGACCACCAUCAUCGUGAUCAUGGUGUGUAUUCUCUGCCUGUGUGUCUCCAUCCCAAUCAUUUUCGUGGUUAUCCGGUUCUACCGCACACGCAGCCUCAAGGCCAACAAAGACCAUCUAAACAUGAUAGAAGCUGCGCCACCAGAGCCUAGCGUGGACUUAGACCAGCUUAAAGUCUUGAACUUAGUCGGGCAGGGGCGUUACUGUAACUGUUAUCGAGGGCUGCUGGAGAAUAGGGAAGUCGCUGUAAAGAUCUUCGCCGGAGCGUCUCGUCAGUGCUACAUGAACGAAGUCGAGAUGUACAGUCUAGCGUACGUGGAGCACCCCAACGUCCUCAAGUGCAUCGGCAGCUGUGAGCGUAUGGGAGAGGACAAUUGGCCCGAGUAUUUACUGGUGGUGGAGUUCAUGCAGUACGGGGCGUUGUCCAGCUACCUGAAGGAGAAUACUUAUGAUUGGCAUGGGAUGUGUCGUCUAGCUCAGACGGCUGCUGCUGGAUUAGCGCACCUUCAUCAGGCUGUCGACAAAGGAGGUUCGCAUCGGCCAGCAAUUGUUCAUCGCGAUAUCAACAGCCGUAACAUCCUAGUGAAGUCAGACCUGACGUGCGUGAUCGGAGACUUUGGAUUCGCGAUGAAAGUCUUUGGUUCGUCUGUCGUCAGGGAAGGAGAUGAGGAUAAUAGCACCAUUACUGAUGUUGGUACAGUACGCUACAUGUCUCCUGAGGUCUUAGAUGGAGCUGUGAACCUUAGAGAUUGUGAGUCUGCUCUGAAGCAAGUUGAUAUCUACGCCUUAGGACUGGUACUGUGGGAGAUGGGAACCAGAUGCAGUGACCUCUAUCCAGGCGGUGAAAUGCCACCAUACAAGCUGCCGUUCUCUGACGAGCUGUGCCAACAUCCAACCUUUGAAGACAUGCAGGUCCAUGUAUCCCGAGGGAGGAAGAGACCUGCUUUCCCUGACGCCUGGAAAGAAAACAACCAGGCGCUUCGUUCUUUGAAAGAAACUAUUGAGGAUUGUUGGGAUCACGACUCCGAAGCACGCCUCACCGCUCUGUGUGUGGAAGAGCGCAUCAUUGAGCUGAUGAUUCUGUGGGACAAACAUCGUACGGUCAGCCCGACCAUCAACCCCACCUCAGAGGGGAUGACAGUCGCUACGUGUACUCAGUCUCGUAGUCUGCCGGAGCGCCCUCUAGGAGUCACCACAGUAGAUUCAUCGCAUCAUGCACCUCACCAGGGUGAAGUCUCUUCAUCGGAUGACUUUGGGACGCGGUACAUGCCGUCGAGUGCAAUGUUAGAGAAGAAUGAGCGUCAGAGACUCUUGUCCCCGGAUACCAUCAGUACGAGUCUCUCAGCCCAGUCUGAUCUGAAUCUGAUCGAUCUUUCAGCCAUUGCUCCAAUCGUCGACCCCAAGAACCUCCACUACUCAGAUGAAAACAUCGAGAGGUUCACCUCAGAUCUCAAGUAUGGUCGACCUUACAGCACACCUACAGAAAGCUCAAGUGAGGGUUAUGGUUACAGUGAACCUACUACGUCUCCGAGUCAGCCGCUCGUCAUGCAUGAGAUGAGACCAAGCCUAGGUGGUGAUCAGAUGACUGAUAAUCUAGGUGUGUGGAGUAAGAGGCAUAACCUUCACAGACCUACCAGCCUACCGGUCUGGGGUCAGCUCACAGUGAAUGAAGCAAGAGCACGCUCGCAUCCCAAUCAUUCCCUUGCCGACGUCGCAGCCGAGCAACGAUCCAGCAAACCGGCCAAGCCCGACGUCAACAAACAGAGACAGCAGGCCAGAGAUGCAGAGCAGGUGAACAUCACAAGCCCCAAUCAGAACUACCCUGCAAAGGGAAUGGAAUCGUCCAUAUCUGAGCACUCUUUCUCCAGUAAGGGAUCCUGCAGCAGCCUGCAGUCCACUUUGUCAGAGGGGUCAACUAAUAGUUCCGACUCCAACCACAGUCGACGACCGAACACACUCCCUUUACCGAGUAACGGGCACGGAUCGAAAAAGAAACUUGUAGCCGUGUACAUCCCUGAUUCUGGCCCCACUACCAAGGUACAAACAGGGAUUGCCAAAAUGGACAGUGUAAACCCCCAGUGCCACCCGGUUAAAGUCGCCACAAAUGGGACACACUACAAGGCCAAAGCUGAAGAACCUUUAGUUUUACUAAGGGAAAAGGCACAACCGUCUGAGAAAGCAGUUCCUAACACUCGACCGUUAUCAUGGUCAGUGGGAGAUAGAUCCAGUGAGGAAUCCGACACAAGCAGUCCGCUUAACGGAAACUCCAAAUCAAGAGACUGUGGAAUCAAUAUAGACCUAAAGAAGACCAAGAGAAAGGUCACACCAUACAGAAUCGGUGGCAGUAAGAAACUCUCAGUUUACCAAAAUAAGAGUGACGGGAGCUCCGUAUCGGAUGAAAGCUCCCCCGAAUCCAGUAUCGACGGCGCAACCUCAUCGGACAACUCAUCGGAGCACAGUGCAAACAACAAUUCAGGCGACCAGUGUAACAACAGACCUCACCUGACUCAGAACGGUCAUGCUAUACACCCUAACGGUCACAUCACAAAUGGAGCCACUCCUCUCCCUCCAACAGGUAAGAUUGUGAAUGGGCAUAGGAGAGGGGUGACUGAUAACACCUUCCAGUUGGAUGAUGAGAGCGUGGUUUGGGGCGGGGCUGAUGCUGCAUCAUGUACCAAUUACCAGGUGUCUUGUGUCUGAUCAAGAGUGACCGAGAGAGAAGUAUUACAUUAAGACGGGGUUCAAUGUUGUCUUGAUGAGGUAGAGCCAGCACUGAGUACAUUAUCCUGACAGUACACACCUUGGUUAAACACUAAAGCCCGGGUCAUACUUCCUGCGAAUGCCAAUGCAAAGCGAAUGUUGACGUCACAAAUUCGCAAGGAGGGUCGUGACGUCAAAUUCAUGUCAAAUUCGCUUUGCAUUUCGCAGGAAGUAUGAACCGGGCUUAACUCCCUUAAAUGAUUCACUAGGAUCCUUUCUCACUCUAACAAAAUCCAACACAGGAUUUUAAAAUUUGCAUAGUGGAAGUAUAUAACUGAGAGAGGUUUGUGGUAACACCAUGUGAAUACUCUUUUGAGUAGUUUCUCCUGAAGACGAUCAGAGAAUACUGAUCGAAACGUUGAGUCGUUAACCACCGGUUCUUUUCAGAACCACCACUACUCAAAAGAGAUAUCCACAUGGUGUUAGUGCAAACCUAUCUUAAAAUCCUACACCAUAUUAUGGUUGGGGUCGCUCAACACGUAACCUGUUGGGCUCGGAUUGUAGUAAUAAGCAUAACCCAGUGUAAUCAGUUUACCAGUGCAAUCCUCAAUCCAACGUUACAUCAUAGCUGGCAUACUUUAUUAAUCAUUCAUAAAUACCCCAGACAGUUUCUCUACUCCUAUUGGCUGGCAUACUUUAUACAUCAUUCAAAACCACAGGAAUGAAACUAAGUGGUCAGACAAUGAGAAAGUUGACUAUUACAAAGUAGAUGCACUCAUCACAAGAAAUAGUGUUUUUAGUUUGUAGUUUCAAAGCUCAAAUCAGAGAAUCCACAUGUAUCAAAAGUGACAGAGAGUUUUGAAAAUGUCACAGAUCAAGUUCCUAAAAAAUACCAACUGUUAUCUCCACGACGAUAAAAUGUUACAAACGAUCAUGUUAAACUAAUGGGAUUCCUAUUUGUAUUUCAUGGUCAUAAUGAUUAGUGCCGAAUAAAUUAAAAACUAUUGCGUCACUUUUAAUUGGGUUUUAUCAUUCAAUUUUGAUAAGAACCGAGCCAUCUGAAAGUGAAAUAUACUUUGAGAUGGAAAAUAUUGUAUAAAGUGGAUGCGUUAUUAUUGGUUUUGUUAUGGUAACCAAUUUUUGUUUACAUUAGUGUAAUUAAUUUUUAAGAUAACUGUUGAAGAGUGAUGUCAGUUUGGAAUUGCUUUUUGGUUUUUGAUCAACCGAUUUGCUCAAAAGCUGUAAAGUGUUUAAACUGUAAAAUGCAAAUGUAAACAAUAAUAACAUUCAACUGUAUAAAGAGUUAAAUGUAAAAAUAUGUACACAAAAAUACGAUGAAGUUUUAUCUACCAAUAGACUUUAUAUGCACAUGACGUCAUUCAGAGAACGACCUCAGCUGGAGGUAAAAAAGAAUGUCACUAAUCACUGAUCAGGCCGCACGUAAAUAGCUGCUUGUUUUUUCAAAGUUUGUCAUUGUUCAAAAAGGGACAUGUGGCCUUGGAUCGGGCGAGUUGGUCCAUGAAAAGCGUAUGAAAAACCUUUGU